AUCGUUAUUAGAAACUAGAAAACAGGCAAUACAAGAGGCACCAAAGCCAAAGACUAAACAGCAAAUGAUGUCCUUCUUAGGACUUUGCAAUUAUUGCAGGGAAUGGUUACCUGAUUAUGCUGCACUCGUUCAACCUUUACAAACCCUGAUUUAUGGGAAGGACAUGGCACUGAAAGAUAAAAUUCAGUGGACAAAAGAAGGAGAAUUGGCAUUCACAAAUCUAAAAAUGAUGUUACAAACUAAUGUGACACUUGCUCUGCCAGAUUAUCAACAACCAUUUACCCUAUGUGUUGAUGCAAAUCAAGGGUAUAUGAAGGCAGUAUUAACACAGCCAUUCGGCGCAAAAGAGAGGCCAUUAGCGUUCUAUUCUAAACGAUUAGAUGCAGUGGCAGCUGGUUUUCCGCAGUGUUUGCAGGCAUGUGCAGCUGCUGCAGAAGCAGUGAAAUUAUCAGCAGAAUUAGUGUUGUGUCACCCACUCACUUUGAAGGUGCCACAUUCAGUUUCUUUAGUUUUACUGCAGACGCCACUGCCAUUCCUCACACAUGUUAGACAUCUGACCCUAGUCUCACUCCUGCUUUCACAGUCAAACAUCACAAUACAGCGAUGUGGUCCUCUCAACCCUAGCACCCUUCUUCCGACAGCGGAAGAUGGAGAGCCACAUUCGUGCAAAGCAGUUGUGGAAGAACAAACCAAACCAAGAGCAGAUAUUUUACAGACCCCAAUACCAGAUUCAACGGUUGUUUUUGUAGAUGGAUCAGCAUCAAAAAAUGACAUGGGGAAGAACAAGGUCGGAUAUGCUGUAGUUACAUCUACUGAAGUGUUGGAGGCCAAUGCACUUCCCCCUGCUUGUUCAGCACAAGUGGCUGAACUCUAUGCUGUAAUUAGGGCAUGCGAGCUCUUCAAAAACAAGCCACUUACAAUAUACACUGAUAGUCAAUAUGUGUUUGGAGCUGUUCAUCACCAUGCAAGAGUGUGGAAAAAUAGAGGAUUCAAGACAUCGCAAGGAACAUCUUUAACUCAUACGAACCUAUUACUCAGGUUGUUAGAUGUUGUGCAAUUACCAUAUUGCCUUGCGAUAUGCAAAUGUAAGGCACACCAAACUGAUGCUUCCGCAAUAGCUAAAGGAAACAGUUUUGACUGGAUGGACAGGGAGGAGGCGCAUGGGCUGGCCCCUGGCUUCUGGGACAGCAAGGAGUGGUGA